AUGCACGCCCCGCCCACAGGAUUGCCGUAUGCCAUUUACUAUACGGCACUUGCAGUUAUCGCUGUUCCAGCCAAUUUAGCGGCGAUCGUGGUUUUGUCACAAAACAAAUGCGGUCUGUCCAAAUGCAUCACUCGCUACCUGCUGUCCAUGUCAGUGACGGAUCUUCUUGUCAUUAUCACCGCGGUCAUAAUCAACAGGAUCGGUGGGAUUUACUUUGCGGGCAGCUUCCUAUCCAUCACCCCAGUCUGUAGUCUUACUAUUGCGGUGACAUAUGCAGCCAGGGUCAGUUCCGUCUGGUUAACGGUGACUUUCACCUUUGAUCGGUUUGUAGCUAUUUCUUGUCAGAAGCUGAAAGCAAAAUAUUGCACCGAGAAAACAGCAACAGUGGUCAUAGGAACAGUGUGUGUGUUGGGAUUUUUGAGCAAUAUCCCAUGGUAUUUUAUACACGAGCCUAUCUAUAUAAUCGACAACGUUCCGUGGUAUUGCAGGCUGAAGGAAAUCCGUUACACUUCGCCAGUGUGGACAGCACUGGACUGGUUUGAUAGAAUUUCCACCCCGUGUCUCCCGUUCCUCCUGAUUUUGCUGCUGAACGCGCUGACGGUGAGAUACAUCCUGGCGGCCAGCAGAGCCCGCAGGAGGCUCCGGGCCCAGAGCAAUGGACAGACUCAGAGCGACCCAGAGAUGGAAAGUCGAAGGAAGUCCAUCAUUUUGCUCUUCACUAUCUCCGGAAGUUUCAUCCUCUUGUGGAUGACGUAUGUUGUACAGUUCCUGUACGUCCGCAUCACAAACGACUACAACUUCAAAAGCUUCAAUGACCCCAAGUUUAUUCUCCAGGAAGCCGGAAACAUGCUUCAACUCUUGAGCUCUUGCACUAACACCUUCAUUUAUGCAGCAAUCCAGAGAAGAUUCAGGGAAGAGUUAAAGAAAAUGUUUACAUUUCCAUUAAGAAUGUUUCGUGAAUGA